GCCUCCAACGACAUGGCCCCUGGGCCCAUUGCGGCCUGCUACCCAAUUCUCGCCUUUACCGCCCCAGACCUUGGCAGUAAACUCCCAGAGCUGACCAGCGGAACUGUAAUAGGGAUUACAGUGGCUAUCACCGGCAAUGUUCUAAUCUCUCUUGCACUCAACCUCCAGAAGUUGGCACACAAACGAGGGGAAGCAGAGCGUGUCAAACUCAGAGAGCAAGUCCGAGCGGAGGCCUCUCAAAGGGCGUCUCCAAGUAAUGGUGAAUCAGAGCAGCAGACAGAAUUACCACCAGCUGUGCUUGUCGUUCAACAGAAUUACGGAUCCACAAGUCAUCUUUCGACACCCAAGAAAACUCUUGUCUCUCGUCUAUUCCCGUCAAAGCGCCAGCAUCCAACUUCUGAACGGACAACCUUGCUACCUGUCGAUGUCAUACCCGAAGAGGAGAUUGUGAACCAGUCCACUCAUCAUCGCAAACCAGAGGACGAUGAAGAUGACCUUGAAACUGGAAAUGAAAGCGAUUAUCUGAAAUCCAAACUGUGGUGGUUAGGUUUUACUCUUAUGAACGUUGGCGAGAUGGGAAACUUUAUAUCUUAUGCGUGGGCGCCAGCCUCUGUGGUUGCACCCCUUGGAACGUUUGCGUUGAUGGCCAAUUGCGUCUUUGCGCCACUCAUGCUCCAUGAGCGAUUCCGCAAACGUGAUAUUCUCGGCAUCUUCAUUGCGGUAGUCGGAGCUGUGACUGUUGUGCUCGCCUCGAACGCAUCAGACACUCGUCUCGAUCCUGACGCGCUGUUGGCGGCUUUGUCGCGCCUCUCGUUCCUCAUCUACACUGGUGCAUAUAUCAUCGGUAUAUUCGUCCUCUCGAUUCUCUCAGAAAGCAAGGUUGGAAAGCAGUCGGUAUUUGUGGAUGUAGGUUUGUGCGCCUUGUUUGGUGGCUUUACGGUGCUUUCGACCAAAGCCGUGUCGACAUUGUUGACCAUGGAAUGGCUGGAAAUGUUCACCAAAUGGAUAACAUAUCCAACCAUUGCAGUCCUUAUCCUCACUGGCGUUGGCCAGAUCCGUUAUCUCAACAGAGCGUUGAUGAGAUUUGACGGCAAGGUCGUCAUCCCAAUUCAGUUCGUCCUCUUUACGAUCUCUGCUAUUGUGGGCUCUGCGGUUCUCUAUGGAGACUUCGAGAAGGCCACCUUCCAUCAGCUAGUAACAUUCCUUUACGGGUGUGCUGCGACUUUUACCGGUGUUUUCAUCAUCGCCUGGGAGCCUCAACGCGAACCAGCUCGGCAAGAAGUGGUUUCUACCGAGGGCGAAGACCAAGAUACGGAUGUUUCGGAGUCCGAGGAUGAGUCGCCACAUCCAGGGACUCCAAGUAGGAAGAAGCGCCCAGCCCUCAUCCUACCAAAUGGCUUCCUUGAGGAGCACGAACUGCUCCAUAAGCCAAGUGCGGUCAGCAUUAUGGCUCUAUCACCUGCAAGGCCUCUGCUUAUGGUCCAUACACCACCUCGGGAAAUUCCCGACAGACUAAGAGACAUCGAGCGGGACCCACAUACUGGAUCGCUGGUAGGCUCGCAGCGACGGCGUGCCAUCAGUUAUAUUGGCGAAGACAGCCGUUCCCAGAAUGGGCGGAGUCACAGUCUCAUCCGAAAUGCGCGAUACAGUGUCGCCAACCCAAGUUUCAAUCCUUGGAGCUCUACCAACGGAAGCGUGUCGAGUUCACCGGAGCAGCAACGCUAG